AAAGAAACUCUCACUGCAAUCAAUUCCGAUAUUCCUUUCACUCUCUCACUCACUUUUUUCACCAUCCUUCAGAUCACCAAAAUGGCCGACACCGAUCACGGCGGCGAUCGGAAAACCACGACGACCCUCCGUCCUUCAAACGGACACUGCCACAUUGUCCUCCUCUUUCUCACUCUCCAUUCAACCAUCAACCUCGUCGGUGCUUCCAUUCACGACUACCAAAACGAAACCUUUAUCCGUCGAGCUAAUUCGUUUUUCUUCCAUGGCGGUAGUGAAGGUCUUUACGCUUCUAAACCUAUCUCCCUCAAUAGCUCUUUGUCUUCUCAAGAUAACUUCCCCACUGGUAAAUCCUUCAUCAGGUUUGAGUCUAUAAACUUUCGAAGAACAAAAGAAUCUGCUCAGAUGGCAAGUGCGAUGCAGCAAAAGACAGGGUUGGUUGAAGCUAUAAUAAUUAGGGUGAGAGAUAGGAAAAACAUUGGGGGUGUUUCUUUGAACUCUGAUGCUAUAUGCUGCACUCCAGAGCUUGCUAAAGAAGGUUCUUGUAAGUUAGGAGAGGUUAUCAUCCGUGAGAACACCGAUGAACCAAAUGGGCCAAAACGCUUGCAGACGUUUUUUGAAGGACAGAAUGAAGAGGCUAAUAUGGUUAUUCAAACUAUUGACAUCAAUAGUACUGGAAUGUAUUAUUUGUAUUUCAUGUUUUGUGAUCCUCAACUGAAGGACACUGUGAUUUCUGGAAGAACUGUUUGGAGAAAUCCAGAUGGUUAUUUACCCGGGAAGAUGACGCCAUUGAUGACAUUUUAUGGUUUGAUGUCUCUGGCUUACCUUUUUCUCGGUCUUGUCUGGUUUCUCUGGUUUGUACGGUAUUGGAAAGAUGUGAUCCAAUUGCAUUACCACAUUACUGCAGUUAUUGGCCUUGGCAUGUGUGAAAUGGCCUUGUGGUAUUUUGAGUAUGCAAAUUUCAAUUCAACAGGAAACAGGCCGAUGAUAAUUACAGUUUGGGCUGUGACUUUCACUGCUGUCAAGAAGACAGUGUCGCGGCUUCUUCUUUUGGUUGUUUCAAUGGGUUACGGAGUUGUCCGUCCAACACUUGGUGGUCUAACCACAAAAGUCCUUCUUCUUGGUGUGGUGUAUUUUGUGGCCUCAGAAGCACUUGAGCUGGUGGAACAUCUCGGCAAUAUUAAUGACUUUUCUGGAAAAGCAAGGCUUUUCCUGGUGCUGCCUGUGGCUCUGUUGGAUGCUUGCUUUAUCCUUUGGAUCUUUUCAUCAUUAUCUAAAACCUUGGAGAAGCUUCAGAUUCGGAAAAGUACAGGGAAACUUGAGUUGUACAGGAAAUUUACAAAUUCUCUUGCAGUGACAGUUCUGCUAUCAGUAAUAUGGAUUGGUUAUGAGUUGUACUUCAAUGCGUCAGACCCUUUAGGUGAACUGUGGCGAAGAGCUUGGGUGAUCCCAGCUUUCUGGACUCUGCUUUCUUAUGCUCUCCUGAUACUGAUCUGCAUUCUCUGGGUCCCAUCUCGGAAUCCAACCAGGUAUUCGUACUCGGAAGAGACAGGGGAUGACUUUGAUGAUGAAGCUGUCACUGUUGUUGGAAGCGGAGUUAAGGUCUCUGGAGAAAUGGCUACCAUGCUGGAAAGAAAAGAUAGAAAGGCAUCACUUACAUCACUUGUAGAUCAUCAUCAUGUAUUUGGAGUUAUUGAAGAUCUAGAGGAAGACAAGAGGGAGUGAUUUGGUCCCAACUUCUUUAAUCACUUUGUCUCUUUAUUCACUUGGGAGGGCUUAAAAAGAUGUCAACAUGGAGAACCUUCAUGGGAGAUAGAAAGAGUUAAGAUCAUUAUUCAUGACCAGUCAGCUUCUAAAUUUGAGGUGGUUCUGUGAGUUUUUCAGGAUGGAUAUUCAGUUGACAGCAAAUCCAAAAUCUAACUGGUUGUGUGAUUGGUAAGGUUGGCAGAGAUUAUUAGCUAGUAAUAUUGUCCGUUGUAACUAGUUAGUUACCUCAACAUGGCUCAAGUAACUUUGAACCUAGUACUACUUACCUUUUUAUAUGCUCAAUUGGGCAUAAAUUUAAGAAGAAAAAUGUUAUCAUGUCA